CUUUCCUACAUGUAUUUAUUUUAUACCAGAUCAGGAAUGUAUACAAUAUUUAUGUAUUUAUGUAAUUUGUUUUCAGUAGUUGGCUAUGAUUAUUGAUUUAUCACGUAUUAUUUAUAUGUAUUCUACCAACUAGCUCUUUGUCCAUAGACCUCGGAGCUCGGAUAGAUACACAAAACUGUCGUCGGCGUGUCUCGGUGAUAUAAAAGCUCGCUGCAUAUAUACAUUCUUUUUAAAUGUAUUUUGCUGACCACAUAUAAAUAUUAACAAAAUCAAUGUUCAUAGACUGAUAAAUUUAACCCUACCGAAUCAAGUGACAAUGUCAAGGAUAAUUCUUAUAACCGGUUCAACCGACGGUAUUGGAUUAGAAACAGCCAAGAUGCUGUAUUCCCUUGGGCACCAGGUGCUCAUACACGGCCGCUCAAAUGCAAAGCUUAAAGCCGCAAUGAAGAUUAUAUCCCAGGAACCUGGCACUGGUACUUUAGAGAUGUACAGAGCUGACUUUUCUAUCUUAAAAGAAGUGGAAACGCUUGCCAAAGAAAUUGCUACUAAACACGAUAAGUUGGAUGUUCUUAUCAACAAUGCGGGUCUACUGAAGACCUCUAAUCCUCUCACACAAGAUGGCUUGGACGUGCGAUUCGCAGUGAAUACUAUUGCACCUUACUUGCUUACACGGCGAUUGCUACCACUGAUGGGUCCUACAGGAAGAGUUGUGAAUCUAUCCUCAGCAGCCCAGGCGACAGUGAAUAUCAACGCGCUAGCAGACGGUACUUCUGCGACACUUAGCGCAGGCAGUGCAUACGCGCAGUCCAAGCUUGCGAUCACGGCCUGGUCGCACAGUAUGGCACUUGAGCUCCAAGGGAAUGGGCCAGUCGUUGUAGCGGUGAAUCCAGCCUCUAUGCUGGGUACAAAAAUGGUACAAGCUGGGUAUGGGGUAACAGGGGGCGACAUCCGCGUUGGCGCUGAUAUACUUGUACGAGCGAGUAUCAGUGAUGAGUUUGCCUCGGCUACAGGGAAGUACUACGACAACGAUAUAGGUAGAUUUUCAUCACCGCAUUCGGAUGCCUUGAACAAGGCUAAGACAAAGAAGAUUGUGCAGGCGAUUGAAGAUGUGAUUGCUGAUAGAAUAUGAUGAACAACAAAUAAAAGUCGAAAGUCAUAAAUACAAAGUGGGAAAAUAGUGACGAGUUUGAUAUGGAUUCAGUAGUCAGUUACACGCAUAUUUUUCGUAUGUAAUACUGCAUAUACAUCCUUCGAACCCUUUGCACACCCGGUCACCCGCACGACAGAUGAUACAAUCUACAGUAACUUUUUAGGGCCUUUCUGUUGAAAACUGCAGCUACAUGUUGCAAGCAUGUGAAAUAUCUAGUUCUUACAUGCAUGAAUAUGCAGUCAUAAUUUAUAGAAUAAGAUUAGUGUGCUUUCUCACGCCUAUACCUUGGUUGAUAGAGUGGCAUGUUUCUUCUCCGAGAGAGUCUCUAGCGUAUGUAUUUGACUAUGCAAUUGUAGAUGUAGUUCGUUUACGGUGAAUUUGAUCACUGCUUCGCCUCUUUCAAAUAAAUCAAAUCAUUUACUGCA